UAAAUUACGUAGUCUUAUGUUUCCAUAUAAUAAUUAAAAAUCCCAUCCCUAAGACAUUAAAUAAAUGUAUAUAAGUUAAAAAUAAAUUUUGCUAUCUUAUUUGCGAAUUAAUUUGUGGACUUCUUUGUCUUGCCUUGAUGAUUGCACGUGUUUUGUAUUAUCUCUCAGAAAACAUCCUGGUAGCGUGGCAUGUUAUCUAAUGCCUGCCAACUUUUCCAGAGAAUCAGUUUAGCUGAGUAGUACUUGUCGAGUUUUAUCGAAAGGUUUGAAACUGCCCAACUCAAAAGUCAAGAAAUCCCCAGAAGAUGAAGCCUACGGCCAUUGGUUUUCUCAUUUUUAUCCUUAGCUUUUGUUUGAUUAAUGCUGAAGAGGAUACUGUGGGAAAUGCCAACGAAUACGUUGAUGAAGUUCUAAAUAAUUUAAGAAAUGAACCUUGGGUUGUAUCGAAAAUAGAUCCGCUAGAUAUACCAGAAGUUAAUGACAAGAACUUUGAAAUAAAGGAUGGACAAAUAACUGGACUGUCUACUUUAUAUAGACACGGGGAUUGUACUCUCGAUUAUGAUGGAGAAAUAGUGAAAGUUACUGCGCAAAUAGCAGUACGAGAUGUGAACAUUCAUGUUAAAUACGCUGCCAAAGCUCUUUUCUUUUGGAUAAAAGGUCAUGCCGAUGUUCGAGUUGACGAUCUGGCAGUGAGAAUGGAUCUUUCUGGGAGAGAUGGGAAAGCUACGUUAGAAUCUUUUAAAGUUAUUUAUCUUGGAAAGUAUAAAAUAAAGAAGAUAACUGGAUUAAGUGUUGUUCUGAACUGGUUAUACAAAUUAAUAGCUAAUGCUGUCGCCAAGAGUUCUCGAAAGAAGAUUAUUAUGGCUAUGGAAGAAGGAGUUGCGAAGGCUGUUGGUGACCUUCUGGAGAAAUAUCAGCUGCCGAAAUUAAAAAAUUAGCAUUUGGACAAAUUUGCUGCCAUAACUUGCGAACUCAAAUGAAAACAUCCCGUCAGCGUAUCGACUAAAUUAAAGGAUUUAUUACUCAUUAAAAUAUAUAGUUAACUAUGAUUUCUAUGUGAGUACAUGUAAAAAUAAAGCACUUCAAUUAGAUAA